UCAUAUUCUUGAAAUGUCAAUUGGCAUGGAAGUUGUGUAUCUAGUUAUACUAUCUCUGUUUCUUGGAUCAACCAAUAUUGUGAAAGCUGCUGCUGCUCUACCAUGUAAUGACUACAGAUGCAAAACUGGAUCAUGCAACAGCACUGGCCACUGUAUUUGCAAUCUUCCAGACCCUUCCACCAUUUUAGAUGGUGAUCGACCUUUCCAAGGGGGGAGGUUUUGUGAUGAGGAAAUGACAAUGUGUGAUGGGACUAACUCAUUUUGGUGUGGAAAUGGAGGGACUUGUGAGGAGAUAGUGCAGGGUGAGAGUUAUAAAUGCCAGUGCCAAACAGGACAUAGUGGAGAGCACUGUGAGCUUACAGGGGCACCAUGUGGUGACAUUUUCUGUUUUCAUGGAGGUGCAUGUUUGGUUGAGAAUGAUGUCUGUGAGUGUCCCACUGAUUGGAAAGGAAGCAUUAAUUGCUCUCUCCUAACCACAACCCAAACAGAUUCUACAACAAAUUCAAUUGGGUUGCACCAAGAAGAAAGCAACGGUGAUGUAAAUUGGUUCACGGUGGUCGUGGCCGUGUUGUGCUCAGUAGGUGCAGUUGCAGCAGGUGCCAUGAUAUGCUUCAAGAAAUUCUUCAGCAACAAAUAUACUUCAGUUCCCAAAUUCCAACAGUUGUCACAAAUACAGAGUCAUGGUAUCUUGGAUGACAAUGAUGAGGAUGACAAUGGUGUAGAUGCUCAUAAUUCAAUUCACAACGAUCAUUCACCCCUUUAAAAAUGUUCUACUUUUCCCAGUAUAUUUGUAUCAAAUGGUAACCUUUAGUAUCUUAAAUUAAUAACCUGCCUAUUGCGAAUGCUUACAGUUUACCCUUUUUUUUCUUUUUUAAUUUACUUAAAACAUUUAACAUGUUUAUAUUUAUUUGUUUUUAACAAAAAUAAGACACCUCUGGUAUUAUUUGGUAUGCACAUUUUUGAAAAGUGAUGAGAGUGGCUGGAGGUGAUUACUAACAAAAGAGUGAUGAUCGUAAGUGGUUACCAAUGGCUAGAGAGGGCAGACAAAGGUGCUGGUUGGCAACUAUAGAUGGUGGUCUAAGGUAGUCUCUGACGGGAGUUGAUAGUUGAAAGUGAUUGCCAGUCAUAAAGGGUGCGGUUGGCAACAACUAAGGUCCCGUUUGUUUUGGAAAAUAGAAUGAAAAUGAUUGAUAGUGAGAAAAUUAAUAGUGAAGGGAUUGUUAGUGAGGGGAUUGAUAGUGAGAAAUUGUUAAAUUAUUUUUAUAUAAAAUAAUAAAACAAAUAAAAAAAUAUAAAAAAAUAAACAUUAUAUUUAAAAAAAAAUUCCCAAUAUAUAAAAAAUAAAAAAAAUAAAAAAAUUUCUAAUCCCCUCACUAUUUUUCUAAUACCAUCUCUACCCCUUCCUUCCCAAUCCCCCUUCCUCCUCCUUACUAAUACCAAGGGAUUACUAAUCCAUUCCCUAUCUCUUAAAACAAACACUCUAUUCUCAAUCCCCCUCCUCACUAUCAAACCCAAUUCCCUCCUCAUAACCCCAAACAAACGGGGCCUAAAAGUCGUUAUCAACAAGAGGUGGCAGUCUGAAGAUGGGUUGUUGGCCACAAGUGGUGGUUGGAGGAGGUCAUCACUAAGAGUGGCCGAAGGUUGGGGUGGCCAGAGGUGGUGAUGAGCGGUAGAUGGUGUCCAAAAAUGGUAGAAGAGGGAAAAAGGAAUAAAAAAACCAAUUAUUUUUUUUUAUACAAAAAAAAUUGUAAAUUAUUUUUAAUUUUAAAAAAAUGAAAAUAAACAUCAAAUAAGUUUUGUUCACAGUCCAUAACAUUUUUAUAAAUAUAAACAAAAAAUUGUAAAUUUUACCAAACAAGCCCCCAACCAUACGACAAUUUUGUUGAGAUGGGAAAUCGAACUGUGCUGAAGUCAAAAAUAUCUCAAAUCCCAA